GUAAAACCGAAACUCACACGUUACAGUCAUCACUUAGUGAUGAACCAUCGAACUAGUAUCAUUAGGACAUUCUGGAGUUCAUUCACUGAUACAAUAUGGCCGCCGCCAGAAUUGUCCUCUCUGAAGAGCAGCUUCUGUGUUCCAUCUGUCUGGAUGUGUUCACUGAUCCAGUCACCAUACCAUGUGGACACAAUUUCUGCAAGAACUGCAUCACAAAAUCAUGGAAAAUGAAUACCAGUGAAAAAUAUCAGUGUCCCAUGUGUAAAGGGGUAUUCAAAAGACAACCAGUGCUGCCGGUCAAUACUGUCCUAUCUGAGAUGGCUACUCGACUCAGGGAGUCGGCUCAAAAGAAAGCCAGUGUGGAGCAAAAAAGAGCCAAAGGUGGAGAUGUCUCCUGUGACAUCUGCACUGAGACCAAAGUGAAGGCCCUAAAGUCCUGUCUGGUGUGUUUGACCUCCUACUGUGAGUCUCACCUGGAGCCUCAUUACAGAAUUCCAGGCCUGAAAAGACAUGAACUGAUUGACCCUGCGGAGAACCUGGAAGACAGAAUGUGUAAGACGCAUGAUAGACCCCUGGAGCUGUUCUGUAAGACAGAUCAGAUGUAUGUGUGCCGGCUGUGCAUCGCCACAGAUCACAAGAGACAUCACUUUUCUCCCCUGAAAAAGGAAUAUGAACAAAAGAAGGCUACGCUGGCGGAGAAUGAAGCUAAAAUUCAUCAGAUGAUCCAGGAAAGACGAGUGAAGAUUCAGCAGAUCAAACAGUCGGUGAAGCUCAGUAGGGAAGAUGCAGACAGAGAGACAGCAGUCAGUGUGCAGGUCUUCACUGCUCUCAUCCAGUCUGUUGAGAGGAGUCUUGCUCAGCUCACCGAUGUGAUUGAAGAGACACACAAAACAACAGAGAAACAGGCUGAAGUCUUCAUCCAAGAGCUGGAAGAGGAAAUCUCUGAGCUGACGAACAGAAGUGCUGAAGUGGAGCAGCUCUCACGCACUGAAGACCAUCUCCAGUUCCUCCAAAGCUUCCCAUCCCUGAACCCUGUUCCACCCACCAAAGACUGGACAAAGGUCAGAGUGCGCUCGUCUUAUGAGGGGGCUGUGAGGAGAGCUGUGGCUCAGCUGGAGGAGGCACUCAGUAAAGACGUGGGGAAGAUGUGUGCUGAUAUUAAGCUGAAGAAGGCUCAACAGUAUAUGGUGGAUGUGACUCUUGAUCCUGAUACAGCACAUCCAGCGCUCAUCCUGUCUGAGGAUGAGAAAGGUGUCAGUUGUGGUGAUGUGAAAAAGAAUCUGCCCGACACACCAAAGAGAUUUUCCUGUAGUCCCUGUGUUUUAGCAAAACAGAGUUUCUCCUCAGGCAGAUUCUACUAUGAAGUUCAAGUUAAAGGGAAGACUAAAUGGGAUUUAGGAAUGGCCUUGGAGUCGGUCAACAGGAAGGGAUAUAUCGCAGCUAGCCCCUUGACAGGCCUUUGGAUUUUAUGGCUGAAGAAUGGAAAUGAGUACAAAGCUCUUGAUGACCCUGCCGUUUCUCUCUCUCUGAAGUCAAAGCCUCAGAAGGUGGGAGUGUUUGUGGAUUAUGACGAGGGUCUGAUCUCUUUUUAUGAUGCAGAUACAGCAGCUCUCAUCUACUCCUUUACUGGCUGUAACUUCCCCGACAAACUCUACCCAAUCUUUGGUCCUGGUAUUAAUGAUGGUGGUAAAAACUCUGGCACCCUGGUGAUCUGUCCUGUCAGUCACACAGAUUAAACGUGUGCUUUGAUUUUACCAGGAAGAUGCUUUAAGAAAUAUUAUUGGUAGUAUGCACUGUAUCAUUUCAUGUUUUGUUUUGUCGUGGUUAUUGCAUUAUUCUCUAAUAGUGCACAUUCCAAUCCAUGUUGCUUUAACGCAUCCUGUUGCUGCCAAUACUAAUGUCCUUAUAGUAACUGAUUAUUCUGAUCUAAGUGUUGUACUGACAGCAUUGUCUUUAAUGUCAUGAUUUUACAUAAGAGAGGUGUUAGUUUUUACAUAUUGUUACAGAGCAGUCAGUUUAGUCAAAGAUACUAAUUUACAGCGUGUUCACUGUCCUAACACUCAUUGAAAUAAAACAAGUAAACA